GCGAAGCAAACUCUGAACUAAAAUUCUGUUGUUGACAUCUGGUCGCUUUGUAAAUUUAUUUCGAACACACUCUUGUGAUAUCUAGUUGUGAUUAAUUCCAAAAAAUAUUAAAAUCGAAUCUUUUAGUAAUUUUAUGGAUUGUGCUAUUAAAUAGUUUUUGAAGACGAAGCAGCGCGUGUGUUCAAAUCAGCGAGUGUGUCGAGAGAAAGAUCGAAAGGGAGAGUGAAGACGCACACACAAUAAUCGCGAAUCUGGAUUUGGAUUUGAUUCAACAUAAACAACAACAGAAACAACAUAUAUAAAUCGCAGCAAGGUCUUUAGUAUAAGCCUGAGCAAGUAUUAAAUACAUACAUCAACACAAACAAACAAGAAGAAGACGAACAUCAUCAUCUACAACUGUAAGACCAUUAUCAAUGGACAUGAUCAACAUCGGACAGAGCGUUAAGAUCAAACGCACCGACGGCCGCGUCCAUGGUGCCGUUGUAUCCAAACUGAAUCCAUCGGCACGCUGCAUCACCGUCGAGUGGUAUGAGCGCGGCGAGACAAAGGGCAAGGAGGUGGAGCUAGAGGCCAUACUCUCACUGAAUCCAGAGUUGGCCAUGGGCGAUCCCAAUGAAAUGCAUCACACAGCGCCGGAGCCCAAAAAGCAGGCCACAGCCCCCAACAAUCUCUCACGCAAUCCCACACAGUCGGCCAUUGGCGGCGGCAGCACCGGAGGCGGCGGCGGUGGCAGUGGCGGCAGCUCAACUGCACGUAUGACCAUGACCGGCACACAGCUGAACAAGAUCAGCGAGGCUAGCAAUCGCGAGAUGGGCGCACAGUUGGGCACAAGCCAGAGCGUUGGCAACAUGACCUCCGGCUCGGUGGGCGCCAGCAACAAUAGCAGCAGCGUCGGGGCCACGGGCGGUAUGAUGCGGCCCCGUUAUGCGCACAUGCAGCUCAAUAGCAAUGCACAGACGCGCAUCGCAUCGGCGGUGUCCAGCAACAGCAACAGCAACAAUUUGAUGAACGAGCGCACCUCGAUAACGGCAGCAACGGCGGCCGCCUCAGCUGCAGCUGCUGCUGCGGGUGGCGGCGGCGGCGGCGGCAGCAGCACCACAAACAACUCGAAUAACUCAACAGCUGCCGGCGCUCGUCGCAGCCACGCCCUGAAGGAGGUGGAGCGUUUGAAGGAGAAUCGCGAGAAGCGUCGCGCUCGCCAGGCCGAGAUCAAGGAGGAGAAGGUGGCACUGAUGAAUCAGGAUCCAGGAAAUCCCAAUUGGGAGACAGCACAAAUGAUACGCGAGUAUCAGAAUACCCUGGAAUUUGUGCCGCUAUUGGAUGGCCAAGUGGUCGACGAUCAUCAGAUUACAGUCUGUGUGCGCAAGCGUCCGCUCAGCCGCAAAGAGAUCAAUCGCAAGGAGAUUGACGUCAUAUCCGUGCCGCGCAAGGAUAUGCUCAUGGUCCACGAGCCGCGCAACAAGGUCGACCUAACCAAAUUCCUCGAGAAUCACAAAUUCCGUUUCGACUACGCGUUCAACGAUACGUGCGACAAUGCUAUGGUCUACAAAUACACUGCUAAACCUUUGGUCAAGACAAUUUUCGAGGGGGGUAUGGCCACAUGCUUCGCUUAUGGACAGACUGGAUCGGGAAAAACACACACGAUGGGUGGUGAAUUCAAUGGAAAGGUGCAGGACUGCAAGAACGGCAUCUAUGCCAUGGCCGCCAAGGAUGUCUUCGUCACACUCAACGGGCCCCGCUAUCGCUCGCUGAAUUUGGUCGUUUCGGCCAGUUUCUUUGAAAUAUACAGCGGCAAGGUCUUUGAUUUGCUCGCUGAUAAGCAAAAGCUGCGCGUUCUGGAGGAUGGCAAGCAACAGGUACAGGUCGUCGGCCUCACUGAAAAGGUGGUCGACAGCGUCGAAGAGGUACUGAAACUCAUACAGCACGGCAAUGCGGCACGAACUUCUGGCCAAACGUCGGCCAAUUCAAAUUCAUCGCGCUCGCAUGCCGUAUUUCAAAUUGUAUUGCGUCCCAUGGGCAGCAGCAAAAUUCAUGGCAAAUUCUCAUUCAUUGACCUGGCGGGCAAUGAGCGUGGCGUGGACACAUCAUCGGCGGAUCGCCAGACCCGCAUGGAGGGCGCCGAAAUCAAUAAGUCACUGCUCGCACUGAAGGAGUGCAUCCGUGCGUUGGGCAAACAGUCGGCACAUUUGCCAUUCCGUGUCUCCAAGCUGACGCAGGUGCUGCGUGAUUCUUUCAUUGGGGAGAAGAGCAAGACGUGCAUGAUUGCCAUGAUAUCGCCGGGCUUGAGCAGUUGCGAGCAUACAUUGAACACAUUACGCUACGCGGAUCGUGUCAAGGAGCUGGUGGUGAAGGAUGUGGCCGAGAUCGGGCAUGGUGACUGUGAGCCCAUCGACAUGGACGAGGAGGAGGAGGUCGAGGAGCAACAGCUGGCCGAACAUGGCGUUAACAUGGCCCAGCAGUCGGCCCAUCAUCAUCACCACCAUCAGCAUCAGCAAUCGCUGCAGCGCGGCCACAACAACAAUAACAACAAUAGCAAGAACGGAAAUGCCGCCAACAUGGAUCUGGCCAUGCUUAGUUCGCUGAGCAUCCGUAACCGCCCCAAACCGCCAAAGCCGAUGGUCAAUCGCCAAACUCGAAGCCGCUCAGCAACAAGGCCAUAAAUAUGUACACAUAUA